AUGAUAAAAUGCAUGGAUAAUGCCGUCACCCCUGCUGAACUGGAAGAACUUUUAUUGACCCAUGAGGCUGUUGCAGAGGCCGCAGUUGUGGGGGUUCCCAGCUCCAAGUAUGGCGAGGCUCCAGCAGCCUGCGUCGUUGUCAAAGACGGUUUCGAGAAAAACCUCGAGAGUUUGUCGAUAGAAUUAAAGGAGCUCAUUGCAGAUCAAGCAGCUGUUUUCAAGCAGCUGUACGGCGGAGUUUUUUUCAUGAAAUCUCUUCCCAAGUCCCAGACCGGAAAGAUCCUGAGACAAGACCUCAAGUCAAAGAUUGCUCAUAAAAAGUAA